UCAAAAAUAUUGGUUUAUUUCGUAACGAAUCAUUUUAACAAGUGACAAAAUAUGUGUUAAUUAUUAACCCCGAUGUGAGUUGUGAGGUUUGGAAAAGGUAUAAAAACACGAGGUGUUUCCAAGUACUGGCAAGAAAACAUAUUGCAAGAACAGAAGAACGAAUUGUGUAGUGUGUGUGUGUUUAAACAAUGUUCGGAUUACAGCCGAUUUCCACGCUCGUCCUCUGUUUGCUCGUCCUCGUCCUCAUCCUCGUCCCCGCUCCGGCAGAACAGUCCCCGGUUCCAGCGCUGGAGCCGAUCCGGUGCGCGCCGUGCACCGCGGAGAAGCUGAGCGCAUGCCCGGCUGCACCGUCCGGCUGCACGGAGCUGGUGAAGGAGCCCGGCUGCGGCUGCUGCGUGACCUGCGCGCUGCCCGAGGGCUCUCUGUGCGGCGUGUACACGGCACACUGCGGCGCCGGGCUCCGGUGCGCACCGCGGCGCGACGACGCGCACCCGCUGCGGUCGCUGACGCGCGGCCAGGCCGUGUGCACCGCGGACCCCGCCGCGCAAGGUGCGUCCCCCGUCCCCCGUUUUGUCGGUCAGCGCGAAGCUGAAAACUCAAACCAUAACCAUCUCCUUACAGAGCAGCCCGCUGAGCACGACGUCUCCUUACACCACCUGCUGGCGCUGGAUAGGGCCGGAGACCCGGAGGCGCACGAGAGCAUCAAGGCCAGAGUGAACGCCAUCCGCAAGAAGCUGGUGGAGCUGGGUCCAUGUCACACCGAACUUCACUCCGCCCUUGACACGAUCGCGGCCUCCCAGUUGGCCCUGGGCGAGAAGUUCACCACGUUCUACCUUCCCAACUGCGACAAGCACGGCUUCUACAAGAGCAAGCAGUGUGAGACGUCUCUCGUCGGCCAGCCUGCACGCUGUUGGUGCGUUUCUGCUUGGAACGGGAAGAGAAUCGCGGGAUCCGACGACGUCCCCGAAGAUGCCCUCUGUCAGCAGGAGAUCACACACUGAACCCCAAACACACGUACAUACAAGCUGCAUUUUGUCAACAACAAAAGCACUUUUAUUAAUCAGGACACAUCUGGUUCCAACAACAUCUUAUGUAUAUACAGUCCCUGAGAAAAGGCCUUCCCUAAUUUAUUUAUCUUUUUUUUCAUAUUAUUGUGUAUUUAUUAUUUUUAAAUAAUUCAUUUAUAUUUGCUUUUUUGGGUUUUUUUUGUAUUUUGUACGUCUAUUGUUUGGACCAAACAACUCCACUGCUACAUAGAACAGCAAUAGAGCCAUGGGACGUCAUAACAGUCCACUGCAACACACACACACUGCGAAGAAAAGAGGCUUUGCGACUUCAACCACUUCACCAUUCGUUUGUUUUACGACCCGCGACGCCCGUGUUUGCGAAUUUGUCCUGGGCUGUUUUUGUUUCUUUGUCUUUCUUCCCUGCCCCUGGAAGGAAUCGCUCUGGAUUUUUCCACUGACAUGGGACAACUGCCAAUUGAUCCCAGAUGUUUUUGAAGCCGAGAUCGCAGAUCUGGCCCAUGUUUACGACUCGGAUAAAGCUGCUACCUCUCAGAAGUGCAGGUCCUUCGUUCGGCCUGGAAAUCGCCUUCCUCUGUCCUUUAAGAAUGUAAAAAAAAAAGAUGCAUUUUUUUCAUUUUUCUCUAAAGGGAAACGGACUUCCUGUUGGUUCCAAAUGGUGCUGUAUGCCAGGACGGGGUUAUGCAGGAAGAAAGAGAGGGAAAAAAAAACAGAUAGAGAUUUGUAAAGCAAUGUUGUAGGGUGUGUCCCUUAGCUCUCUGUUUAAAAAUUAAAGAAACACAUCCAUCCAUCCAUCCAUCCAUCCAUCCAUCCAU